UAUUCAUUUCUUAAUUAAACAGAUUUAUUGAUUACAUGUCAAUAAUAAAUAAUUACUAAAAACCUAAACAAGUUAAUAAACUAAACAAAUAAAUAUAUUAGUUGUCGAUUCUAUAAACUAGUGGUUUUUUAUAUUUUUAAUACUCUUGUAGGUUAGUCAGUGAAUAUAAAUAUUCAUCAGUAUUUUAUUUUCUAAUUAAAUAAUUAGGUAAUUAAUAAGUCGUAAAAAAAUGGAUAAAGAGAAAAAAAGUCUAGAUAAAUCACUACCUAGUACAUCUUCAAGUCCAUCAUUAUCAACUAAUCGGCUGAUGUCAUUCCUUGGACCACGUAAUUUAUUACUUGAGGGUAAAGGUAAUAUUAAAUUACAACGUGGUGCUAUCAAUAAAAAUGUUCCUAAACCAAAUUUAAAUGUCCAACGUAAUAAAAGAACUGAGGAUGGUACAGUAAUACCAAGUGAACCUGCCAAAGCAAGAGGUAGAGGUAGAGGUAGAGGACGAGGUCAGGGCUCAAAUGAUCGUGGUAGAGGUCGAGGAAAAUCCAGCAAUAUUGUCCAAUCUACUGGAAUAUUUUCAGAAGGGAUACAUAUUGAUCCACGUUCUGCUGGAAGAUAUAGCUCUGGUGGUGGUGGUGGUGGCGGUGGUGGUAGUAGAGAAUACAUAGAAAAACCUCUACUUAAACUGGAUUAUGUAUUUGACAAAGAAGCUGAAGAAAGAACUUUGGAUUUACUUUUGAAAGAUGAUUUUAUUGAUGAUGGUGACGAUGACAUUCGUAUGGAAGAUGCACCAAUUGCAUUACCAUUAAUUAAAGAUAAAAAAGCCAUACAGUCAGUGAAGAAAAUAAAAACAGAAAUAAAAACGGAAGUAGAAAGUGACGAUGAAGGUAAAAACUUCAUGAACCCGAUGGCUAUUGAUAAUGAACCUGAAGAAGAAAGAGACAUUAAACCAACGAUACUAGAAAACGGUGUUGCUGUACCACCGCCUGAAUUGAAAGCAAAACCUGUUAAAAAAUUACUCCCACCGCCGGACGGUGAUACAAAUCAAGCUACAGUUCAACAAAUUAUUGAUAAAAAUGGAUUCAUCAUGUUACGAUUUCCAGACUGUCUGCCAGGAUUCCCUAGCACUGAUGACGAUAUCGGUGGUCCAUCAACUCAAGCACCUAAAACUAAGGCUGUCACCAGCGGUACCAGUGGAUCAGCGGAUAAAAUUGAUGAAAUAAACUUUUGUACUCUUAAAGAUUUGAAACCUGGUCCAAUAGGUAAAUUGCAAAUACUUAGAUCAGGAAAAGCCAGACUUAUACUCGGUGAGAACAAUCUAGUCGUUGAUGUUGGAUCACAUAUUGGUUUCAGACAGGAUGUCAUUGCUGCUAAAAUCGAGGAAGAUAGCAAAGAACUAAUAAACUUAGGAGCAGUCAACAGUACACUUAUAUGUACACCAGACUUUGAAAAUAUGCUGAAUCGACUAAAUAUUAAAAUGUAAUUGAAAAUGUUGUUUUAUAAUUUGAUAUUAAUGGAUAAAUGAAAUAAAUAAUAAAUAGUUUUGUUUAAAUUCGUGUAUUUAUGUCAUUGAAUUUAUGAAUAGCGUUUAUUAAAACGCUAACAUUAAUUUACAAAUAUUAAUUAAGCAUUCAGAAAUAAUAAUCACGUUUAAAUUUCAUAUAAAUACUUGCCAUUAUAUUAAUUAAUUUUAGAAUUAUAAUAAUUAUAAUUUUUUUUUGACAUACACUACACGCUAAAUUAUGUACUGAUUAAAGUAAACAUUAGUAAUAUCCACUGAGUGAUUAAUUUACUGAUCGCUGAGAACCGUAAGUGGAUUAAAUUGAUAGUAAU